GUGGCAACUAAUGUUGCUAAAAAGCUUAAUACAGAUCCAUUAAUGUUACGGUUUACGACGACGGCAUAUGCUGGCAAUACACCUAAGAAUGUCAUCCGAAGAAGCACCACUCAAAGUCUCCAGGAUAUGCUUCAGCCAGGCGGAUACUUGAACCCACCAAACAAUACUUUGUAUUAUGAGAUGCUGGAUGUUAGCAUAAUUGAACUGGAGACAAAGAGAUUCCUGAAAGUAAUUUGGCUCGGAACAUCUGCAAAGGAAGAGUCAACAAUUGACGUUCGUCUGCCCAAAACGGCACACGUGAGCGAUAUAUUAGACUAUAUCUUGGAUAAAGUCAAGUUAUCAGCAGAAGGCAAAAAGAUUCGACUACUCGAA